CCGAGCACGCGGAGCGGACUUCCCAUUGAACCAUCCUUGGGUCACCCCGAGCGUGGACAUGAGACCUGAGAAUCCGAGUCCAAGUCCCAGACUUUCACGGCGCCCCGCCCCUCACGCCCCACCCCUCAGGGUCCCGUUUCCUCUCUACCCAGCCCUUAAAACCCCGGGUAGAGGGAUGGCGCGUGUCACCUCUGGGGUGCGUUGCAGACACCUCUGCGACGCCAGCUUGAAAGUCUCCCUCAGCCUAGGAUUUGACUCCAGUUUACCAACUCGCCCAUCUCAAGCGCAGCUCCAACUCCGUGAGAAAGCCCCGACUUUGCAGAGCCCCAGGUGCAGUGGAGCUCGGCAAACUUGAGACACUUUUUCCUUCCUUUCCUCCAACCCAAUCCAAGUUUAGGUUCUGACUGAGCCAAGAGUGGGUGCUAAAGCAGCGGGCAUCAGGUGUCUGCCUCCAGGUCCCUGGGGGGACUCUCAGGUUGAAGUCUUGCCGUGGGCAGAGGCUUCAGGGCUUCUCCCAGAGCCGGUUGUUCUGCAGCGCUGGAAAACCACGCUUCAUCGCAGCAUGGCCACCAGCCUUAGGGCAGACAGCCCGCAGCAGCUGAACCCGUUGUCUACCCAGCAGACCACACUUCUGCUACUCCUCUCUGUCCUGGCCGCUGUGCACUUGGGACAGUGGCUGCUGAGACAGUGGCGGCGGAAACCGUGGUGCUCGCCCCCGGGUCCUUUCCCGUGGCCACUGAUCGGAAACGCGGCGUCUGUGGGCCGGGCGUCGCACCUGUACUUCGCUCGCCUUGCGAGGCGCUAUGGUGACGUUUUCCAGAUCCGUCUGGGCAGCUGUCCCGUGGUGGUGCUGAAUGGCGAGAAUGCCAUCCACGAAGCCCUGGUGCAGCAGAGCAGCAUCUUCGCCGACCGGCCGCCCUUCGCCUCUUUCCGCGUGGUGUCUGGCGGCCGCAGCCUGGCGUUCGGCCCCUACUGCGAGCGCUGGAAGGCGCAGCGACGCGCGGCCUAUGGCACGAUGCGCGCCUUCUCCACGCGCCACCCGCGCAGCCGCCGCCUCCUUGAGGGCCACGCGCUGUGCGAGGCGAGAGAGUUGAUUGCGGUCCUGGUGCGACGCUGCUCAGGCGGUGCGGUCCUGGAUCCGACGCAACCGAUCAUCGUGGCCGUGGCCAAUGUCAUGAGCGCCGUGUGCUUCGGCUGCCGCUACAACCACGAUGAUGCCGAGUUCCUGGAGCUGCUCAGCCAUAACGAAGAGUUCGGGCGCACGGUGGGCGCGGGCAGCCUGGUGGAUAUGCUGCCCUGGCUGCAGCUCUUCCCUAACCCGGUGCGCACCACCUUCCGCGAGUUCGAACAGCUCAACCGCAACUUCACCAACUUUGUCCUGGACAAGUUCUUCAGGCACCGCGAAAGCCUGGUACCCGGAGCUGCUCCCCGUGACAUGAUGGACGCCUUCAUCCUCUCCGCAGAAAAGAAGGAGGCCGGGGGAGCUGGCGACGGUCCCUUCGGGUUGGACUUGGAGAACGUGCCGGCCACUAUUACGGACAUCUUCGGAGCCAGCCAGGACACCCUCUCCACUGCGCUGCUCUGGUUGUUCAUCCUUUUCACCAGAUACCCUGAUGUACAGGCCCGGGUGCAGGCUGAGCUGGACCAGGUUGUUGGUAGGGAUCGUCUGCCCUGCAUGGAUGACCAGCCCAAUUUGCCUUAUGUCAUGGCUUUUCUUUAUGAAUCGAUGCGAUUCACCAGCUUCUUGCCUGUCACCAUUCCUCACGCCACCACUGCCAACACCUUUGUCUUAGGCUACUACAUCCCCAAGAACACGGUGGUUUUUGUUAACCAGUGGUCUGUGAAUCAUGACCCAGCCAAGUGGCCCAACCCAGAGGACUUCGAUCCAGCCCGAUUCCUGGACAAGGACGGCUUCAUCAACAAGGAACUAGCCAACAGUGUGAUGAUUUUUUCGGUGGGCAAACGGCGGUGCAUCGGCGAAGAGCUCUCUAAGAUGCUGCUGUUUCUCUUUAUCUCCAUCCUUGCUCACCAGUGCGACUUCAAGGCUAAUCAAAACGAGCCCUCAAACAUGAGUUUCAAUUACGGCCUGACCAUUAAGCCCAAGUCAUUUAAAAUCCACGUGUCUCUCAGAGAGUCCAUGGAACUCCUUGAUAGUGCUGUUCAAAAGCUGCAAACUGAGGAGGCUCGCCAGUGAGAAGCCAGGGUAGCAGAGAUGUUACAAGAAGAUCUGACUCAUUACCUGGGGAGGGAAAUAGGGCUUUUUUUUCCCAGUUCCAGUUUUGGUAUCACUUCUCUGAGUGAGCAGAGGCUAAGUGGCCUGAAGGUGAGGCAUGUUUACCAGUUCAUGGCUCCUCAUGUGUAUCGGCAUAAAUGAAUUUAGACAGAUUGUAAUAAUAUAUACAGCUUUAAUGGGGAAAUAGACUUACAGAACCACCGGUUCCCACGGAGAACAGGGAAGCAGAGAGAGCGGUGGGACUCAUGCUUGCUAGAUUUAUAAGUAAACAUUAGCCCUAGGCGAACAUGCCCCCUAAUGGGCUGGGCUUAUCCCCACACUCACGGGCUCAUGCUGCCCUUCCUGGAAGUAUUUUUGAGUCAGAGUAAAAGGGUCUAAGGAUUUUUAUUUUUUACAAUUAAACACAUGCACAUAUACCAAUAGAUGUGCACAACUACCUAACAAAGCAUUUCAGUAAUUCAGCCUUUGUAGGUGGAUUUGAAAUGGAACCUCUAUGUGCAGAAAUUUACGCUUUCAGAACCUACACUAAACAAAGGUUUAGGAUAUACUCAAGAUUCAAAGACGAGUGAUUUCAAUGAAAAAUUGUGAAGACCAGAAAUUCUCCACCAAGAACCAACUUACUUGAGAAACUACUUUAAUUCCUUUGUAGUGGCCUGGCUGAGGUUUGCUUUCUGCCUGAAGACGUUCCUGCCACUUUAGGAUGGACCAUAAAGUCAGUUACUCAAAAAGAAAUUCGUAGUUAAUUCAAUAACUGUAGCAGGUUUCAGAGAUUAAUUAAUUUAAAGGUAAAUUGUUUAGAUGGUAAAAAAAUUUUGUUUUACAAGUUAAAGUUACAUGCCAUUUGGCUGCUAAAGUGAACUGUUCCAGUUGGGAAGAGAAAAAAGAAUUGCCAGGCCAGCUUAAGCUGUCAAAUAUGGGACUGUAAUAAGGUGUUCUCAGUAGUUAAGUCUCAUAAAUAAAAACAAACAACAAAAAACCCCUAAUGUCUCCAGACAGUACUCAGUGCCUAUAAAUUUGUUAUGUAGUAAUUCAUAAACAUCAUAUGAAUAUGAUUUGAUCAGAAAAAUAUUUGAAUAGUAUAUUUUUAUGUCAUAUUAUAAACCAAAAAGUAUAAUCAUUUGAAAUCUGUCCAAGUUCAGGGAAUGAGCUUGACUAAAUCAAUCUAUUUUGACAUCAGGAAACCAAGUAACAGAUUUUUUUUUCCUCAUUCAAGGUUCAGACAAGGGACAAAUCUCAAAACCUAAAUUAGCAAAAUAUGUUCUUAUCUGGUAAUUGUUAUAAUACAGAUGCUUCUUUUGGGAUUGGCCCCAUUAAUUUGUUAAAAUUCCAAACUCUUGACAUACCUCAAUUUUAAAUGAGCUUAAAAUCCACCUUGAUUAUUUCAUUUCAGUCAAAGCUAGAGGAAAUACGGUCAUUAUUUCAUUGAAGGUGAGACACCUAACCUUUGUCUGAGGACAAAUGCUGAAAAAAAGGGGGGGGGGCGUGAAAUUUCUAGAUGUUCUUUAUAUUCGACAACUGAGAAGUUUCUCUUUAAAUGUUAUUAUUAUUGGUAGUGUUUUUUAAAUUGAGUAUUAAGGUCUGUGAUUUUGUUUGUUUUGUCUUUGGAGGCUGUUUAAGUGAUUGCAUUGUGAGCCGGUAGAGAUAGCUAAAAUCAAUCCUUUUAUUUAGGAUGGUACACUAUGAGCAGUUAAUUUUUGGUAGCUGGGAAAGAAGAAAUCUAAGGUUUUGGAUUAUGUAAACAAGUCGGAAAAACCUCAGGAAGGUCUAGAAGAAUGGGAAAGGAGGCCCAGGGCCGAUGCGGGGGUUCCCAUUUCCGUUUUCACUGCAAUUAGAGGUAACAAAAGAAGCCUGCAGCACCCCAGAGAGCAUGCUGCUUGCUUGGUUUCCUUGGGCUUUUUGGAAUUUUCAAAUCAAAACGGCAAAGGAAGGAGUGUGUGGAGACCGCCAGAGCUGCAAGACAGAAAGAAUGAGUACGAGGAAAGAUGUGUAAAUGGCUCCCAUUCGCUCCAAGUUAAUUUACUGAACUAUAAAAUUUGAAGCAUGAACAUUGAGGAAAAAAUAUGUUUGGAGUGGCAGUCCUUAAAUUUCAAGGGCAUCUCUAGAAUCGCCCAAUCCUCCUCUACCUGCCCUCUCCACAUCUAUUUUAUAGAUUUUGUGGAAAUUGAACUAUAAAAAUGUGAACUUUAUUCAAAAAUUUUCAUAACAGAACCCCUUGAAUUUGGAACACAGAUUGUGUCAAUAUUUCAAAGGCCUUAAUUUCAACUACAAAAGUCAGGUCUAUCAAACAUUUUUUUUUUUUUUAGAUAUCUUAAAAAUAUGUGUCUCAGCAGGGCUGGAACAGUGAUUCGGGCCCCCGUGGCCUCUUUACUCUGAGAAAUUCCUAAUGGUGAAAGUCGUCGUGUACCACACUCUGGACCCCUCAUUACGUUAACCAGACCCAGAUGUUUGUUUCGUGAAUGUAGGCACCGUUUCCAUCUAAGGCUCUCAGUGAACGGGAAAG